UCAUUGGAAUGACCCUAGUGAAGCCAGGCACUUGUGCAGGCACUGUAGUGCAUACAAAUUGAGCUCAGCAGUGAUGAGUGGAAGGGUUCUGCAUACAUUCAUUACAAACUACAGAGCAGAAGAUGUGGAAAAACUGACAGUGCGGAUGAAAAAUGGUCUUGGCAGCUCAAAGUACAAACCGGCUGAAUACAAAAGACUACAAGCUAUUGUUGAUGCCAAACGCCUGGAGUCUGAUCUAAUUGGAUUAAAGGUUCAGAAGACUCGUUGUGCAGCCAAGGCAACCAAGGAGAGCUCCAUGUUACGGCAGCACAGACAGGUGUGGAGCAGAGAGUGCCCCAGGCUGCAAAAAGCUGAGGAGAAGGCGGAGAAAGACAUCCAUGACUUUCUAGAGCAGAUCAGACCAAAUGGUAGAACAGAUACUGCCAUCUUCUUGCUUCAAGAAUAUGGGCUUCUCCUAAAGAGGGAGCGGGAGGCAUUCAGGAUAGCAACGGUGGAGCCUGUUCAUCAGCUCAAGGAUGACCUGUGCUUCAGACUGAGUGAAGUACAACACCAGCAGCUCACUGCUCAUCGAUCAAACUGGGAACAAGUAAUACAACAGAUAAACUUUGUGAAGGACCAGCAAGAUGACAUAACUGCAAAACUUCAUGCAGAGUACCUGGCCUUGGAGGAGGAGAUCAUUGGCCUUUGCUUGGAGAAAUAUCUAAUGAGUACUUCAGAUAAUCUGGUAAACGUAGAAUACAUACCAGAGUUGGUUUUGGACUCAGAUUGCCCUUACCCAGAGCUAAAGGCCUCCCUGAUCCAGGCCUUCCACUCCCUGUCAGAAUGCUACGAGAGCAGGCUACAAAGUCUGCAAGAUCAACUGCAGAGAAUCGACAGGUUCUGUGGUUGGUGUUCAGAUGACCACCAAUGCUUCCAGUUCACUUUGUCUCAGUACACUCAUGACAUACCCAACCACAGAGCACUCUCAAUGGACAUGCUGCAAAGACUCUUUCCUAAGACAACUAGACAAGAGCUGAUGGAACAUGAACGUGUGUGGGACUGGCAGCGCUUCACCCAGGCACAGCUAGAAGUGGUGACCAAGCAGUGUCAGCGGGACCAGGAUGAGCUGCUGGCCAGAGCCCUGGUCACCCUGCAGGAGGCGAGACAUGCCCACCAGGAGGAGCUGGAGCUCCACAGAGGCCGCCAGCACCAGCAGAACAUCUGCUUGGAUCUAAGAGAGAAGCUGCACCAGUGGCGGGCCCAGCAGGGGGAGGUGGCAAAGCUGGAGGCAGCUAUAGCUGCUAGACAACAAGAGGAGGAAGAGAUGAGGCUAAAAAGACAGGAGAAGGAGGCUGCCAUCAGAUCCCAGCACAAAGAAAAAGUCAGGCAGUUUUAUUUAAAACAGCAGAAAAGGAGAGAGAUGCUGGAGCAGAGGGAUCAGGAGAGACUUGCUAACCUGAGGAGCGUCAUGGAGGAACAGGCAAGGCGAGAUAAAGAGAGGGUUCAGUUUCGGGCAGAUAUAUUGCAGCGGAGAAGGGAGGAGAGAGAGGCGCAGGAGCUUGAACGGCAGAGAGAAGAGGAAGAGAAACAGAAUCGUCUGGAAGAUCUCAGAAACCAGGUUGGGGUUAGGGCAGAGGCAGAUCCAGAGAGGAUGAUGGCAGAUACAGAGGCUUGGAGGAGUCGACACGUACACAUGAAGGAGUUUGAUCUCCAAAGGCCUCUCUUCAGUAUUAACACGUACACAGACACACAGAUUGUUUCUGAUCCUAGAGUGCGGGUUGAGCAGGCUCUGCGGGAGGCUGGUCUGCACCACAGUCAGUAUGCCAAAGAGGUCCUGUCUGUUAUCACACCUCCUAAACCACCGAGAAGAGAUACCAAAUCUACCCUCAAAUUCUGACCUGGGGCUUGUUUGGGAUCACAUUAUAAAGUCCAAAUCUUGUUCUGGUAUUGAGCGUUAUAUUGAAUGUGAGUACGUUAAUCAGGAAGUAUGUAAGUAAGUAUGAUUUUAUUAAUAUAUCACCUUUUAAAACUAAGUGCUUCAUAGGAUACAGAUGCAGAAAAAUAAGACACAUACACAUACAGCUAUAAACAGAAAGGACCCUAAUGGCAAAAGCGCAGUCAUCCUUGGAUUUGAGGAGUGAGUAGGCUAUGAAUAAGAGACCUUGGUUAAAUGAUCUCAGUGACCCAGAGGUGGUAUAGAGUUCAGAGAUGAAUAAAGGUGGAAGACAAUGAAGGGCCUUGUAUGUGACAAGCAGUAUCUUGAAGUCUGUUCAUUGCUUUAUGGAGGCCCAUGAAUGGAUUUAAGAGUUGGUUUGGUUUGUGAUAUACAGCUGGAUUUAGUCAACCUGGCGAAAGGUAAAAGAUCAUUGCAGAGCUUAGUCUAGGUGUAAAAAUAUGAGGGUAUGAAUUAGUAGUUCUAUGGUUAGUAGUUCUAGAUCCCUGGUUUAUAGAAUUGAUUUGAUUUUUGUAAGUUUAGCUAAAGGAAAUUAAGUGGCAUCAAUUCCUUAAUGGCAGCCAAGUAGUCUGCUGGAAGGUGGAAGAUACCAAUAUUACCAAAUGGAAAUAAUACAUUUGAAUAAGCUGCAUAUGUAAGAAUCAUUGGACAGAUCACAUUGUUUGGAACAACAGCUGCUGUGCUCACAAAGUCAACUGAAAUACAGUACCUACAGUAUUGACCACCAAGUGACCCAAUGCAAUUACUAUUAUUGACUUUUAUUGAUAUUGUUAUGUAUUCUACAGCAUCUAAUGAGAUAUACAGUGUCAUACAGUAUCACUGGGAAAUGAUAUACAUGUACCUCAAACAAAUCACCUCUGCACAUUUAUCAAUAUUUAUUGACCGCUUAUGUUACUUUCAGGAAGUAAAUAAACACGCUUGUGUGGCAGAAGCAACUAAAUGUAAUGAAUGCCUGUAGUCAUCUGAUAACACAUUCAUCACUGAAAUAUAUUGUAGGAAGGCCCACUUCAUCUUCUUGUAUCAAGAGGGAAAUCACUAAGGACUAAUACUUCCCAUAUAACAAGCAUAUAGGAGGAAAAACCUUUAUAACUAGAGGCGGCUGAUAGAUUGCAAACCUCCAUUGAUCAUUUUACCAACUUGCUAAUAACCCAACAAUUUUUGUAAGUGUAAGUCAAAUAUUAAAAUCAACAUACAGUACACUAUCUUUAGAAAAUUAAUAUUACCUUACAUAAAUAACAGUGUUAAA